AUGAAUCGUCGAGCGCUCGCUCGGAAGGCUGCGGGCGCCAAGGCCGUGGCCCCCCACAGCCUCCUACACGACCAAGCAGGCGUUGACAAUGUGAAGAAGAAGCUGCAGCUGCAGCUGGAGACAGGCGACUUCUACGGCGCUCUGCAGAUGUACAAGACGCUGUUUAUGAGGUACUUGAAAGGGGACGAGCCAAGUGUCGAGCAGCAGGAGAAGGCAGCGGCGCUGGCGCUUGACGCAGCGCUCGUGCUUAUUGAUCAUGACGAGAACACGGCAGCAGUUGAGAUGGCCAACCUCAUGGUCUCGGUCUUUGCCGACUUUGGUCGUCCAGUGGACGAGAGACACAAGCAGAGCGUGCGUCAGAUCGCGUCUGCUUUCGAGCAGAAGCCGCAGUUUAGUGCCGACGUGGCGGUGUUUCUUAAGAACGCAGUCAAGUGGUCAGCAGCGAAAGGGGCGAGGAAACGAGGAGAUCCAGAGCUGCAGCUGCUGCUGGCACGAGCGUAUUGCACCGCGGGGGACUUUCCACACGCGAUGAAACACUUUCUGCAUGCUGAGAAUCCUGACGAGAUGGCUAAUGCGCUAUUUCAAUGGUCCACAAGAGGGUAUCCGAGUGAAUCUGACUUGUACCUUGCUCGAGCUGUGCUGCAGCUGCUAAGUCUGGAAAACCUGCGUGAUGCCAACAAGGUGUAUGAAGCAUAUGUGGCCAAGUGCCAGGAUGCAGGACGACCCGUUGACUUGCCACUGAUCAACUUUACGCGAUUCUUGUUGUUGACGCUGGAGCGCGAUGCACUCCCCCUCUUCCAAAUGCUUCAGGAGCGUUAUGCGCCGGCGCUCGCUCGUGACAGUAGUCUCAAGAGCUAUGUAGACAUUAUCGGUCAGAAGUUUUACGGACUCCAGCCACCACGAUCGGGACUCAGCUCUCUGCUCGAGAUGUUUUCGGGUGGAGUGCAGUAA